GGUGAGAGAUUAGUAGUUUAGUGUGACAGUCAUCAUUUUCUCUUGAAAUCAUGACUUGUAUUACACGGAGAUGUCUACAAAAGCAAAAGGAAUUCAUCCUUGAUGGUGUGGCAGUGGACACCAUUGGUAGCGGAUAUGCUCACAUCCUGCCCAAGCUGUGGUCUGCACUGCCACCAUAUAAUGCUCAAUUAGAUAUCCAUGCUGCUAGCUAUUUCUCAUCUCCAGUGGUGAAAUCACUGCUAAAAAGGACGGAGCAGACUCGUGGUGGGACCUCUAGGGAUGGGUGGAUAGUGGACUAUUUCCAUAUCUAUGGGCCAGGCCAGAGGUAUUUGAACAGGAGAAACUGGGCAGGAGCAGGUCACUCUCCAGAGCAAGUGGCUGGUCACCAUCUAUACUUGAUGGGUACAAAGCCAGCAACAGGUUGGAACGGCCGAUAUGGCUAUCGCCGCAACACUCCAGAUCUUCGCACACGCUCUUCUUGCUUUGGUGAAGUAACAUGGCUCCCUAUCCACUGAAGAACAUCAGAUUAUAUCAAUCUGUCUCUUUUUCUAACUUAAAUGCUCUUCGUAUGUUUUGUUUGUUCUUGAUUUUUCCAAAAUAAUAAAAUACUUUUAAUUUCUUAUUUAACAGUUUGUUGCUUGAGGGAAGGGAAAUUCUGGCAGAAGAUUACAUUAGGACAGCAUUUUCCUAACUGGGCAUGGUAGCUGGGAUGCUUUGUGGGAGGAUGAAAGCUGUACUAUAGUCCAAGUUGGGGAAGGAAGGAAAAGAGUGAUAACAAAACAUUCUGACUGUGACAAAAGUGGAUAAUCG